UUUAUGAACUGUGGCUUCACAGUUAUGUACUGAUAUAAAAUACUUGAGAAGUCUAUACUGAGCAAAUAAAAAAAUGUAUAGUUCAGCCAUAACAGGUCAUGGCUGUACCAUCAAAACAUCUGUCAGUGAUGUUCUUUAUAGAUAGAUCUUUAAAUCAUAUAUUUGCAGUUUUGAUUUCAGCGUAAAAAUAUGUAAACUUAACUUUUUGCUGUGCGAAGUAAAAAUUAUACAAGUCAAAAAGCAGAAGUGAUUACUUUCAAUACCUAUGUUGGCUUCAGAUUGAAGCAAGCAGGUUCACAUGUGACCAAGAUUACUCUGAGGUGGGUUGUUCCUCAUUUAGCCGUGUUGUGUGUUCAGCAGGGCAUUUAGAUUCUUAUCCAGUUAACAGUGAGGCAGCGCUGAGCUCGGACUCAUGUCACACUUCAUCUGUCACCAAGUGAACCUUUGAUUUUCCUGAAGCCUGAUAUAUAGCAUGUUGUGAUGAAACAACAGCUUUAUGCUUAGAAUAAGUGGACAGAUUGUAAAACAAUAGCUUGCUUUCCAGGAAGCCAAAAAAACAUACAUCUGACAGGAGGUUUCUGCUUGACCAGUUUCUUUUUUUGAUAUUGUUUUAGAUGUAGACAAAGGCAUUUGGGCCCAUUUCACCUAUUCUGCUGGAAGAUGGCCACUGCAGCGGAGGACCCCCACCUGGGAUCAGGCCCUGACGAUAGCGAAGUGUCUCCAUCCGGGAGAGAGUCAGACUCAGAUAGCAUUCUUUCGGAUGACUCGGUGCUUCCAGACUACACGCCAGAGAGAAGAAAUGGGAGUGCAGCAUCAACACUGUAUCAAGCGUGCGCCCGUAAUGAACCGGUCUCUCUGCAGACAGUGCUUGAGAGGGGGGUCACAAAAGAAGAGGCGAUGGAGCUGGACAUCAAUGGCUGGAAUGGUUUAAUGGUGGCGUGCUGUAAAGGUUUCCUAGAGAUCGUACAUGGACUUCAUACCUGUCCAUAUGUUGACAUAAAUCACCAGGACAAUGAAGGCAACACAGCACUGAUGAUUGCAUCCCAAGCAGGUCACAUCAUGACAGUGACGUAUCUCCUGAACUAUUAUCCUGGAAUAGACACAGAAAUAAGGGAUUGUAGAGGUUUCACAGCUCUCAUCAAAGCUGCAAUGACUGGCCGCACUGAUGUUGUGGCAGCCCUUGUUAUGGCUGGGGCUGACAUACAUGCAGUAGAUUCCACCAGAGGAAGAUGUGCUCGGGACUGGGCCUUUAAGACAGGUCGCUACGAGACCUUGCACCGUCUCCGUCGCCUCAAUAUGCGUCCAAGAGCUGAGCAGUUCUGUGAGGGUUAUGUCCCUGAGUGGCCUGAGCUCAAGGAGAGAGUAGCCAAGGCCGUAUCUCAGAAAACUCCCAGGGAAAAAAUUGCCCAGCAGAUCAAAGACACCUUUGGAUUCAGAUUACCUCGUGACCCCGAGGACAACGGGGUGUUGGACCACAUGGUGCGCAUGACCACCAGUGUCUACAGUCCUCUGAUUUCAACUGGAUGUCACCCACUCUGCCCCACGAGCCCUCCAGAGAUUGGCAAGAAGCGUCUGGCCGUACAAGAGCUGGUCAGCAAACAUACAAAAAAGGACCUUGAGGAAAGCUCAGUGUGCCACAGUAAUGGCUCAGUGUCGCACAUUAUCCCCACAAUCCACUCUGCGGAGUCGAUUGCUACGACAUGCUGUGCCGACACCGAGCGGCGAGGCAGUAUGCUCUCCACCAAAGGUGCCACAACUUUUAUUUCCCGGAGUAUGGGGAGGCGGAACAGCGUGUUCCCCUCUGGCUGCAUCCCAAAGAUCAAUGUAGACAGGCCAACAGAAGCAACGCCAAAGAAAGAAAAGAAGAAGAAGAGGGAAAAGGGCUAUCUGGAACCACCCAAGUGGAAGUACAAGGAGAUCAAGGAUGAGAAAAAAAAGGACAAGAAGAAGGCUGAAAAAGAAAAGGAAGAAAAGGAGAAAAAGAAGAAAGAAAAGGACAGCAAGAAGGCCAAAAAAUAAGGUUUUAAAAAAGAAAGGGCUGUACAAAAUAUCCUUUGUGAGAAAAGUGAGUGUCUUUUCAACACAGGGCUUAAAAUGUUCAAACCAAAGAGCAUUCAAGUGAAUACUAAACUUAAAUCUGAAAGGGAGUGACAGAGGAAGAGAACUGUAAAGACUCUUCAGGGAAGGUUUGAAGCAUCUACGCUAAAAGCAGUACCUAUAUUUGGAGUUAAUGUGAAAAAUAAGUCUAUUAUUCUAUUAGGGAUUAAAAGACUUUAAAGAACUUCUUAAAAAAAAAGAAGAAUAUGGCACAGUGCACAAAAUCCAUAUUUACUGGCUCAUUCUUACCGGUGCUAAAGCAUCCAUGAUGUCUACCUCAUUAUUCAAAUAAAUCACAGCCACAGUACGAGUAGACCUGCAUCCAUUUAUAACAUGAGAUGUAAACCUAGAAGCAUAUAUGCUACAGCUAAUUUGUAUUAUUAAGUAGUAUGUAUAAUAUUUAUACAUAAGAAGAGUUUAUGGAUGAAAACAUGAACUGUAAAUACUGUAUAGUGUUUAGACAACAAGCAUCAAAACUCAGGAUCUGUUUAAUCCUCUAGGUUUAUUGCCACUUUGUGAUAUUGCCAAUAAUGUUCAUGUAAUCUUUGAAUACCGUGCACACAGUCAUGAAAAAGGAAGUUUGCACAUGACUCCGUACAGUUAUGUACAAAAUCAUGUACACCCUUACUGAAGGGUAGCCGAUCAAAUGCACUUGAUUAACUGAUCAUCAGCAGGUGUGAGUUUCUAUACAGAUGCGGAGGUUUGCCAGUUUGCUGAUCUGGAGCAUUCAGGUGUCUGUAAACACAAUGCCACAGUCUUCCCAGGAGAGGAUGUCCCAGGAGAUUCAGCCCUGGGUCAGAGUGUGCAAUCCUCAAAAUAAGCUGCAAAAAAAAAACUCCAAGAGCUACAUCUGAGACUCUACAGGCCUCAGCUAGAAUGUUAAAUGUUAAAAUUAAUUAGAGAACAAUUAGAAAAGUGAGGCUUGUUUGCUUAUCUUUGCAAAAGUUGCAUUUGAACAGACCACAAGACUUUUGGAACAUAGAUCCUUUGGACAAAUUAGAGCAAAGAGGAGAUGUCUGGUGGCGGCACAUUUGGCGAAAACCAAACACAGCAUAUCUGCACAAACACCUCAUACCAACUGUCUAGCACGGUGGUGAGGCCAUCUGCGAAAUCUUGGCUGAAACUGGGUCAUGCAUCAGUACAACAAUCUCAAACUCAGCAGCAAAUCUGCAAACGCAUGUCUGAAAAAGAAUCAACGUGUUGCAAUGGCUCAGUCAAAGUUUGGACCUUAACCUGACUUAAAUAUUGUGGUGGAACCAUAGAUGAAUGCCUGAAAACCUCAAUAAAAUGAGGCAUUGCUUGAAAGAAGAGUGGGCUGUUAAGAUGUGAAAUACUGAUAAAGUCCUAAUGCAAAAGACUGCAAAAGACUGGGUCAAAUCAUUGCUGCUAAAGGUGGCUCUUUAUGCAGGACUUCAUAGAGUCCAGUGAAAACUUCCUUUUUCACAUGACUGUAGAUGGAUUUCAGCUGUUUGAAAUUAUAAAAAUAAAUGAAUAACUAAAGGACGGUGAAGAUUUAUUUGUAGAUUUGUUGGGUCUUAAAAGCACAGUGGUUAGUAAUUUUAUAUCAACCAAUUUGUAAAUAUAGCAAUUUAUAAAUAUUGUACCAGAGUAUUGAAGGCACAGGAUGUAACUGCGC